AUGUCCAUAGCCGACGGAGAGCCAGUCACCCCAGAGCUCAUGCUCGUCUUCUACCAACGCCUCUACCCCUACAAGUCCGUCUACGGCUGGCUCAACCACGACCACAAGCCCACGCGCCUCUUCACCCAGCGCGAGUUCGCGUUCACCCUCCCGGGCGACGUCUACCUCCGCUACCAGUCCUUCGAGGACGCCGACGAGCUCAAGCGCCAGAUCGUCAAGCUCAACCCGAGCCGCUUCGAGAUCGGGCCCGUGUACAGCGCCCGGCCCAGAGACAGGAAGACCGUCCGGCCGGGCAAGUUUGUGCCCCUCCUGCGCGAGCUCGUGUUCGACAUCGACAUGACCGACUACGACCCCAUCCGCACCUGCUGCGCCGGCGCGGACAUCUGCCGCCGCUGCUGGGCGUUCAUCGCCGCCGCCGUGCGCGUGCUCGACGCCGCCCUCCGCGACCAGUUUGGCUACCAGCGCCUCCUGUGGGUCUACUCCGGCCGGCGCGGCAUCCACCUGUGGAUCUCGGACACGGAGGCGAUGGAGCUGACCGACGAGCAGCGCAAGGCGCUCGUCGGCUGGCUCACAGUCAUACAGGGCGGGAAGGAUAUGCGCAAGAAGGUGAAUGUCAGGCAGGGCACGCGCGCCCUCCCCCCGUCGAUCCGGUCUGCACGAGACGCGCUGGUGUCGGUAUUCAGCGACACCGUUCUCGCAGACCAGGACUGUUUUGGUUCGAAGGAGGGCUGGGAAGAGCUGCUGCACCUCCUUCCUGACCAGUCUAUGGUGGCGCGUCUGCAGAAAGAAUGGAUCGCUGACUCUAGUCGGUCUUCGGAUGAUAAAUGGGACGACUUGAAGAGAGAAGCCAAGCGGAUUAAAAAGGAAAAGGGAGACCAUAGCGCUGCCUUUCUGAACUUUCAAAACCUCAUGGAGGACAUCGUCCUCCAGUACACGUAUCCCCGCCUCGAUGCGGAAGUGUCCAAGCACCGGAAUCACUUGCUCAAGGCGCCGUUCUGCGUCCACCCGAAGACGGGACGAGUGUGCGUUCCCGUGGAUCCGGCGGACGUGGACACAUUCGACCCCGAACGGGUGCCCACGGUGGCACAGCUGCUCCAGGAGCUUGACAAAAUCCCUGCUGCCGCAGACAGCGGCGCCACUGAGCACCACUCGGAUUGGGAGAGGACGUCGCUGAAGCCGUACAUCGAGAUGCUGGACAGACAUGUUGCUGGGCUCAUGGAGGAGGUUAGGCUUGCCUCCCGAAGCAGGAUGGCGAAAGGCGAGUGA